AUGGCGUUUUCCGGUAACCCCAAUUCUUCAGCACAUCAGCAUCAGCAAUCAUCCAUGUAUCAACAACAAGCAUCUUCGCAUCAUAUGCGUGGCCCUUUUGAAACCAAUCCUAAUUCGAAUAUGAUGUAUGAUUAUCACGCUACCAACAAGAUGCAUAGAGGUUCAAUGAAUGGACUACGACAAAAGCUACGUGAAGCAGCAGGGUUUCCUUUACGUGAUCAACACCAAAACACUGGUGGCAAUAGCAACAACAACAACAACGGCAUCCAUUCAGGAGCAGGAGCAGGGCAAUAUGGGAAUACGAGUAUCGGACGUGGUGGAGGUUCAGGCAACGGAAAAGAUUAUCGGAAUAACAACAUGAACGACCCGGGUUUUCGUGGUUCACAUCAGAGGAGUUCAUCCUACUACAACCAAGAUGGAGGCACAAAUUCGUCAUAUGGGCUACACCAACCGCCACCACGUUUCUCUCACCAAAGCUUUCCCCAAUCAUCAAUGAUGGCGCAGUAUCCACAACAACCUAUCAUGCCAAGAGGUGGUCUUUAUGAGCCUAAUAUUGGACCAAUGAUGGGACGUUACAACAACAUGAUGAUGCAUCAGCAACAACCACCUAUGAUGUAUCCCCAGCAGUAUCAGAGUAGUCUUGCAGACCCAAUGAUGGGAAUGGGAAUGGGAAUGGGAAUGAUGGGAUCGAUGCCAAUGCCUGAACCAUAUCUCAAUCCAUAUCAACCAAUGCAAUCAUCCAUGUACAAUCAACACCCAAUGAUGAUGAUGUCUUCUUCAUAUAACAGCUACAACCCAAUGGGCCCUAUGGUACCUGACCAAGGAAUGUUUCCUGGUGCCAUGCCAUAUGGGAGCUAUCCAUCAAGUUAUCAAAGCAUGCCUUAUAGUAACAGGUUUUCAUCCGGAUUCUGGUGA